UGAGGUCAUACGAAUAAAACAAGAUCUGCUCCUUGACCUUCAUUCACAACUACUCGAGCAUUUUAAUUAUAAGUAUCCUACAGUUCGUUAAGUUACAAAAGUAAAAUGGCAAAACUUCUUUGUGUAAUAAGUUUCUUACUAGUUUCGCUGACAAUAGUUAACUCUUUAACGUGUUUGACGGGUAACUGCACCGGUCCUUAUGGCAGUAGAAAAUGUGCAUCAACACAAUUAGGUGAAGUCAUCACUUGUGGGCUUCCCGUAAUUGGUUAUCAAGCUGUUUGUUCUUAUGUUAUCACUGACCACCCCAUCGAUGGGUAUCAAGAAGAAACUGCCUGUGAUUUGGUGCCGGUCGGUCCAUUACGGUCUGUAGAUCUUAAACGAUGCGUUGAUGAGGAUUACAAAGGGAAAGUUCUGCAUUGUAAAAUAUGCGAUAAAGAUUUGUGCAACUCUUUCCAAGCUUGACCCUUUGUAGACAAUUCUCGCUUCUCUAUUGCGACAAAUUGAGUUACUUGUGAUGAUAAUAAUAAACGAUAUAUUCUUAG